UCCCAGCUCCGCCCAAACAUGGAACUAUGACGGCGGGACAUGCGGGGCCUGCCUCUACGCGUGAUAUCUAGCUAUCCAACUUUCCACCAGAGUGCUACACUACAUGACGAUGCAAUUGCCGGGCAUGCACCGCAGUAGCACGCGAUCCCAACGCCGCCAAUCUCUGCCCCCCGACGAUAGCCAGCCAUCGCUUCACGUAGCUCCCGCGCUGUGCAUGGGUGGAAAGACCGAGAUUUCUAUAUCACGCCUCCACCCGCUCAACCCUGGUCUCUUCCUUUGCCGCUCAUCUUAUCUUGCUACGAUUGCCCGUGUGACUUGACGGCUUCACACCAUGGACAUCAGAGGACAGCAGCCCUCCACUUGGGACGACUACGACGGCGUCCACAGAGGCUCAGUAGACUCAACAGGAAGCCAUGUGCAGUGGGAUCAGCUCGAGAGAAGACCGAGCGGAGAGAGUGGCGCGGGCACUGGACGGUGGUCAGGAAGGGUCGGUGAGCUGAGACGGCGGAGAUCUUCGAUUUCUCAGCAAAUCGGCGCUCUAGGCGAUGCGGGCGGCGUCAACAGCAUCAACAACUUCGCCCGUUCAUGGCAGCGUGCUGCAGGCUUCUUUGAGAUUACGCCCGUGCGCCCCUCCUUCCGUGUCGAUGCAGAAGACGACGACGAAGAAGAAGACGAGUCCUCUGCUUUCUCGCGAAGUGGACUACCCACACCCGUUCUAGACCAGCGAUCAGCGCUACGACAAGCUUUGCAGACAGAGGGAAGGCGCGCCUCGGACAAUGCCGUGGCGGAUGAAGAGCAUGGCGCAACAGAGCACACACACCUGCUCCCCAACACCGUCGAGCAGCGACUGAGGGCGAGAGAGUCGAGCAUCUUUCAGAUUGAGCCCUCGCUCUCUUCGCCAUUUGGAGGAAGCUAUGGCACCGGCUACGGAAGUCUCUCUGCGCGCGUCAAUGAGUCUUCCAUGCGCCAUGCCGGCCGCCUCUUCACAGAGCAGCAGCUGAAGGGUGUCACAGAGCCAGAGCAGGAACGAGAGCCGCUUCUCGUAAAGCAGAUCGAGGAAGACGGCCACAUCAUCAACGUGGUUGUCGGCCAAUCCACGCUUCCGCAAACCAUCUUCAACUCGGUCAACGUCUUGGUUGGUGUAGGGUUGCUAACGCUACCCUUGGCCUUGAAAUAUUCCGGAUGGCUAAUAGGAAUGAUAUUCCUGGCCUGGUCGGCUGUGGUGACUGCGUAUACGGCUAAGCUGCUUGCGAAGUGCUUAGAUGUGGAUAGCUCACUCAUUACCUUUGCGGACCUCGCAUACGUUUCCUUCGGUAACAAAGCUCGAAUUGCUGUCAGCAUCCUAUUCUCGCUCGAGCUGUUAGCUGCUUGUGUGGCGCUAGUAGUCCUCUUCGCUGACAGCAUGGACGCCCUCAUUCCUGGCUGGGACGUCAUGCAAUGGAAGAUUGUCUGCGGACUGAUCCUCAUACCGUUGAGCUUCCUACCUCUCCGCUUCUUGUCCUUCACAUCUAUCCUGGGAGUGAUGUCCUGUUUUGGAAUCACACUCGCCGUAUGGGUCGACGGACUGAUCAAGCCUGAUAGUCCCGGUUCUAUCCGCCAACCCGCUACCCAGUACCUCUUCCCGAAGAACUGGCUCACUAUCCCGCUAUCCUUCGGCCUCCUCAUGUCUCCCUGGGGCGGUCACUCCGUCUUUCCCAACAUCUAUCGCGAUAUGCGACAUCCGUACAAAUACCGCAAGGCCGUCGACGUUACGUACAUCUUCACAUACAUCAUCGAUCUCGGCAUGGCGUGCGCGGGUAUCCUCAUGUUUGGUGAUGAUGCACGGGAAGAGGUCACGAGUAACAUUUUCUUGACGAAGGGCUAUCCCGCGGCAUUGAGUGUCUGCGUUGCGAUAUGCAUUGCCAUUAUCCCCCUCACGAAAGUGCCGCUAAAUGCACGACCUAUUGUCUCGACCCUGGAAGUCCUCUUCGGUCUCGACACGCGCUCCCUUGCCGCUUCAUCGAGCCUGAUUGGCAUGUCCGGCUUCAAUCGCGGAUUGUUCAAGAUUCUCCUGCGAGUUGUUACGAUUAUUAUUUUCGUCGUUAUUGCCAUUGUUUGCCCGUCGUUUGAUCGCAUCAUGACGCUCCUCGGUAGCGUAGCGUGCUUCAGCAUUUGCAUCAUCUUGCCGCUGGCGUUCCAUUUGAAAUUGUUUGGGAAAGAGAUUAGCAAAGGCGAAAAGACAAUGAACUGGACCCUAAUCGUGGUCAGCACUAUCAUGGCGAUUGUCAGUACGGUGUUUGCUUGCGUCCCCAAGGAGCUUAUUGGCGCUUAAAGGGAAAGAAGACGUAAAUACUGCAUUGCAGACCGAAGGUGAACGUGUUUCAUAGUAUUUGUUUGUAUUGUACAAAGCUUGAUAUCCAUUGAUUGGGCAUGUUCGGCGCUCUUGUUGCAUUUGGCAGGCUUUUGACGGUUAGUAAUUUUUACUAGAUAGUCCACUUUCUCACUUCAGCUGAAAUGAAUAUGUCUCACGUUCUCAGUUUUAUUGUGUCACAUUUCAUCUUGAAGCAUACCUUAUUUGCCUCCCGUUGC